AUGAGCAGGCGUCAAGGUCCGACUUCACUCGCGGUGCAGCCAGGGUCGGCGGCAGCCAGCGGCCCCGCACAAGACGUCGUCCUGCGCCACCUGGCCCACACGAGGGCAGCACACGGCGGCAGCGGUUCCAACACCGAGAUGAGGGCCAUCCUGCGUAAGGAGCGCGAGGUCGAACGGGCACGCGCUUCCUCCUCGCUCUCGAAUCGAGAGAACGAGCCACCGGCGAGGCGCAUGGCCAGCACCGCCUCGAGCAUGAUCACCAGCCUGUCGGACCGCAAGCUCACCCAGAACAGCAGCAGCAGCAGCAGCCUGGGCGCCGGAUCGGCGCACGGCACCGACGACGGCCAGGAACCCCUGGCGCCGGCGCCGGCGAGUGGCGCUCCCUCGUCGCGAUGGCCAGCUCACUCCCGGCGGCCGUCGAGCGCCAAGGGUUCGGCGCCGAUCAGCGCGGGCCUUGCCAAGAACGUCGACCUCACACAGCAGCGUCAGGUCCCCACUUCGGAUCGGGAGGGCAGCGUGUCGAGCGCCAGCUCGCGAAUCCCUGCUCCGCCCGACUCUUUUGACCAUAGCUUUGGCGUCGAUGCGCUGCAGGCCGCCUUUUCGGCAAAGUACUACGAGCUGGCGAACAAGUGCAAGAACUGGGAGCGCUACGCCGCCAAGCUGCGAGCGCAGAGCGAGGCGGUCGAGAUCGAGAACCGCGUGCUGCGCGAGCAGAUUGCCCAGCUCGAAGCCGACAACGCCGCCCUUCGCCACGAGCAGCUCCAGCGCGACCAGGCCCUCUACCGCCGUGACGUCGAGAGCCGUCUAUCGACCCUCGAGGAGCGCCUGCCCGGCCGGAUCCAUUCCGGGGAUGACCUCGACGAGCGCUACCGCUCCGGCGACACCCUCAUCGAUCUCGACCGUAUCUCUGCGCCCUCGGCCCCCUCGUCAGCCAGCAAGAGCUCUGACGGCCGUCAUCAGGGCCAGAUGACGUACUGCUCGUCCAACCUGCAAGUCGAGGACCGUCCCGAGCUGCGUCCGCCCACGCCUGUCUCGGCGCUGUCGCUGCCCACGAUGCUCCCCAGCGUCCCACGCCCCCAGGAGCUCGGUCCGCUAUCAUCGGGCCCGGGGCGACGUUCGCUCAACCACGCGCACGAAGAAUCGCACGAGUGGCCGCCGUACAACAACAAACGCGACAGCGCUAGCCUGGCCGAGAUCAUCAACCAGGAUGCCGCGCAUCGUGAAUUCGGCGCCCUGUACGGCGAGGGACGCUCGUCCCGCCUCGGUUCGCGCCGCGCAGAGUCCGACGUAUCGGUCGCCGGUUCGCGUCUGCCAACUUCGGCCACCUUCCCGCCGGGACCUAACAGUGCAUCGAACGAUGCAUCCGCGCUGACGAGCCAGGCCCUCGCCGCGAUGAAUCGUCAGCACGCUGCAAUGGUCGGCGGCCAGCAAGCGCCAUCGGCAAACAGGCUCGGGCAAGGCAACCUGCGUCCGACGCAGGGCAAGCGCAGGAGCACCAUCUCGGUCGAUCGCACCCUCGACCCUGGCCUUCAGCAGCUUGCCGGCAUCCCGCCGUACUCGUCCGCGGCCGCGCCGGGUGCUGCCAGUGCAGGGGUUGAUGCCAGAAGUCGGGGUCCGAGCGUCGUGUCGGAGGCAGCAACUGUGACGGGCGACUACCUUCAAGAGUACGUCGAGCAACGGCGUCAGCAGCGGAAGACGUCGUUCACCGUCCAGCAACAGCAGCAGCACAGCGCGCCUCUCGGGGCGGCGCAGUCGGGAUCCCGUCCAGCCUCGAGGCUGAGCAACCAUUCGGCGGGAGGCGACCGUACCCGGCGUGCGAGAAGCAGGGCCGGCAGCGUCCACGAUGCCAUCCCGAUGCUCAAGGACGACGUCUUCAGCGACGGUGCCGCCGCCAACACCGCCCCGUCGAGAUCGGGAGGCGCCUCGCCGCUGGCCGAGAACGUCAACGUGAUCAACGGUGCCAACCUGUACGCCGAUAGGGGGCUCGGGGCCAACUCGCCCUCGCCGCAGUCCAAGCAGCGUUCGGCGUUGAUGGAGAUCCGAUGCAGCCAGCCGAUGCUAUCUUCGGACACGUCGCACAGCUCCCAAUCGCUGCACUCGGGCAUCGCCGACUACUCCAACUCUUCCACCGAGCUCUCGGACGCCGCCGAGGACCAGCGACGGGCUCAUCGCGCGCUCUACGCCAGCCUGCGCGCCGAGCUCGACGCCGAAGACCUCGUCAAGUUUGAAAAGUACGUGCACCGCUACGAUGCGCUCGAGAUCGGCCUCGACGGGCCGCGCGGCCUGAUCAACCGGGUCAAGAAGCUGCUGCUCCUCACUGACCCGGACCUCAAGUCGAAGCCCGAGAAGCUGCGCGUGCGAAAGGAGCUCGCCCGCGAGUUCGAGAAGGUCGUCAAGAACACGGCGUCCUGA